AUGAUGAAUUUUUUCUCCAAAUCAAACAACACUUCGAAAUCAGGAAGUAACGCCUCUUCGAAUGCAAACUCCCAAUCAAACUCAAACACUAAUUCUACUACUACUCCAAUCACUAAUAAAACCAUGUUUUUCCCCACCAAUUUAACCUCUCAUACAGCUACACCUACUACUGCAUUGACAGAUAACCAAUAUGUGAUGGGCUCAACGACAACGUCAAAUUCAAAUUCAAGCGGGAUUGGAGAUGGUAUUUCGAUAUCAAAUUCCAUAACUUCAUCUACUGAUUUCAAUACUGCUUCUACUUCAGCUUCUACCUCUCAUAACAAUUAUAAUAAUGGUAAUCCUCAGGGAAAUAACCCGAAUUUCCAUAAUAACUCUAAUAUGAAUCAUCAGCCUGCCUCUAUGAUUAUGAAUGGUAAUAACAAUGGAAACAAUUUUAAUAUCAAUAUUAAUACAAAUACAUAUGGUAAUGUAUCCGGAACUGAUACGAACCCUGUCUCUAAUGUUAAUAACUUAAGAGCUACUCAGAACAACAGUCCAAUACUACAAGUAACAUCUUCUCAUCCAAUGACAUCUCAAUUAUCGCAAGAUCUGAAAAACGCAUCAUUAAACCAUUUUAACAGUCAAAAGAUAACUAAUGCAAAUAAUUCAAAUAUCAAUGGUAGUUCGAAUAUUGUGACGUCGAUCACUAAUCCAAAUUUACCUUUGGAAUCAUCAGAUAUUCCAAUUGGGAAAUUACUAGUUACUAUCGUUGAAGGUAGAAAUUUGAAGAUAAAUUCAAAUUAUUCACAGCCUUAUGUGGUUUGUACUUUUGAAAGUUCAGAAUUUAUUUCCGAGGGUCCUUCAGAAACUACAGUCACGAAUAAUAAUGAUAAUACUAAUGAUAAUAAUAAUAAUAUUAACGAUACUACUAAUAAUGAUAAUAAUAAUAAUAACUGUAAUAAUAAUAAUUCUAAUAAUAAUAAUACUAAUAAUAAUAAUACUACUAAUAAUAAUAAUAUUAAUAAUAAUCGUGAUAAUUUUGGUUCUACUACUUCGACAGCCACAUCUAAUACUAUCACAUCUAAUACUAAUAAUUCCUCUCUUCUUGGUAAAAAAAAACCUUUAUUUACAGAUAGAUCAUCUUCUCAAUUAGACAAUAUAACAAUAUCAAGAGAAGAAGCAUCUUCUCCACUUCUGACUAAUCCUUGCAUACGUAAGACAAGCAAAGAUAGUAACACUAUCACUGCUAAUAACAGCAUUAAUAAUAACACCGAUAAUAACGCUGUUCAUGAUACCCAUAAUAAUAAUAAUAAAUUAAAUUUAAAUAAUUCUACUAAUAAGAAUCUGGCCAAUAAUAAAUUUAGUCAAUCAUCGGGAAACUUUAAUGGCUCUGCAGUUUGGCACCACAAUACUACGUUUGAUGUGAUUGGUACUCAUUCGGAGUUAGACAUAUCAGUUUAUGAUGCUGCGCAUAAUGAUAUGUUUCUUGGUCAAGUUAGACUUUUGCCUAAUAUUCAUACUUUUAGCACUACAUCAAGAUCAAAUGGAUCAGCAUCUAAAACAUUCACCCAAUGGUAUCAAAUUAAAAAUAGCUUACUUAAUCAUAACCAACCAUGUGGUGAAAUUUUAAUAUCAUGGAAAUUUAUUUCUACGAAGAAAAGACAUUAUGGGCCUGAAGAUUUUGAAGUAUUAAGAUUGCUUGGUAAAGGUACCUUUGGUCAAGUUUAUCAAGUUAAAAAGAAAGACACGCAGAGAAUUUAUGCUAUGAAAGUUUUAUCUAAAAAAGUUAUUGUAAGAAAAAAUGAAGUGGCGCAUACUUUGGGAGAAAGAAAUAUUUUAGCUCAUACGGCUACCAAUUCAUGUCCCUUUAUUGUUAGUUUAAAGUUUUCAUUUCAAACUCCAAUAGAUUUAUAUCUUGUUACAGAUUAUAUGAGUGGGGGGGAAUUAUUUUGGCAUUUACAAAAAGAAGGAAGAUUUUCUGAAGAUCGUGCCAAAUUUUAUAUUGCAGAAUUAGUUGUUGCAUUAGAAUAUUUACAUGACAACGAUAUUGUUUAUAGAGAUUUAAAACCGGAAAAUAUUCUAUUGGAUGCUAAUGGUAAUAUUGCAUUAUGUGAUUUUGGGUUAUCUAAGGCUGAUUUGAAAGAUCGUACAAAUACCUUUUGUGGUACUACGGAGUAUUUGGCACCUGAAUUAUUGUUAGAUGAAACUGGGUAUACCAAGAUGGUUGAUUUUUGGUCAUUGGGUGUAUUAAUAUUCGAAAUGUGUUGUGGUUGGUCACCAUUUUUUGCAGAGGAUAAUCAAAAAAUGUAUCAAAAGAUUGCAUUUGGUAAAGUUAAAUUUCCUAGAGAUAUUUUAUCAGCAGAAGGGCGCUCAUUUGUAAAAGGAUUAUUGAACCGUAAUCCUAAUCAUAGAUUAGGUUCUGUGGAUGAUGGUAGAGAAUUAAGAAGUCAUCCAUUUUUCAAUGAUAUUGAUUGGGAAUUAUUAAAACAGAAAAAAAUCCAACCUCCUUUCAAACCUCAUCUAACUUCAGAGACCGAUACCUCUAAUUUUGAUCCUGAAUUUACUCAAGCCUCAACAUCAUAUAUGAAUAAAUAUAACCAUCAAAAUAUGGCUAAUGCGACACCGUUAUCGCCUGCCAUGCAAGCCAAGUUUGCAGGUUUUACAUUUGUGGAUGAAACUAUAUUGAAUGAACAAUUCAACCAUUCUAAUAUGAUGAACAGUUUAAAUAUUCGAAACAAAUUCUUGCAAAAUUCAUAUUUCAUGGAACCUGGAUCUUUCAUCCCUGGUGAUCCAAACUUACCAGCCGAUGAAGACGUUAUCGACGAAGAAGAUAUAGAUGUGGAUGUUGACGAGGAAAUGGGUUUACAUUCGGAUGAUGAUGAUGAUGAGCAUAUGGAUGAUGAGUUUGUCAAUGGACGAUUUGAGAUUUAA